AUGACUUCCCAAGACAUCUCGGCCAAAAGAGCCGAAUUGGCUGGAGGAAAGGUCGGUUGGCGUGGCUUGCUCAGCAGCAAGAAGACCUUUGGUAUUGCCUUGUUUGCGUCUCUGGGUGGCUUGGUUUAUGGAUACAACCAAGGAAUGUUCGCGCAAAUUUUGACAAUGCACUCAUUCAUUGAAGCAACCCAAGGAUACGCAGAGAAAACUGGAGUAAAACAAGGAAUGUUGACCGCGAUUCUGGAACUUGGUGCAUGGCUCGGGACUCUCAUCAACGGAUAUCUGGCCGAUGCUACUGGUCGUCGCAUCACGGUUGUCAUUGCGGUAGUCGUGUUUUGCGUCGGCGUCAUUGUCCAAGCCUGCACCAAGAAUCCGGACUACAUCUACGCUGGGCGGUUCGUAACGGGUCUGGGUGUGGGUAACCUGAGUAUGAUUGUGCCUCUGUAUAAUGCGGAACUGGCCCCGCCGGAAAUCCGUGGCUCUCUGGUCGCUGUGCAGCAGUUAUCCAUUACUUUUGGCAUCAUGGUCAGCUUCUGGAUUGGUUACGGGACAAACUACAUUGGAGGGACUGGCGAAGGGCAAUCCAUUGCCGCCUGGGAGAUCCCCGUCUGCAUCCAAAUCCUCCCAGCCCUAGUUCUGGCAGCGGGAAUGCUCCUCUUCAUGCCGCAAUCCCCGCGACACUUAAUGAAUCAAGGACGGGAGGAGGAAUGCUUACAGACCCUGGCCAGACUGCGCGAUACUUCGGUUGAUGACAUUUCGGUCCGGAUCGAGUUUCUCGAAAUCAAGGCUCUGCGCAUGUUCGAGGAUGAAGCGGCUCGGAAGAGGUAUCCUCACUACCAGGAUGGCUCGUUGAAGAGCCGAUUCAUGAUUGGGCUCAAUGACUAUCUCUCUCUAAUCACCGACAAGUCCUUAUUCAAACGAACCACUGUAGCUUGUAUGAUCAUGGUAUUCCAGCAGUGGAACGGAAUCAAUGCUAUCAACUACUAUGCCCCGCAGAUUUUCAAAGGCCUACAGCUGGGGGGAAAUACGACCUCCCUCCUCGCAACCGGUGUCGCCGGUAUUUUCGAAUUUGUCUUCACCAUUCCUGCCGUUCUUUGGGUUGACAACAUCGGCCGUAAGAAGAUUCUGAUUGCUGGAGGUAUCGGUAUGGCUGUCUGCCAUUUCAUUGUCGCCGGCAUCAUCGGGACGUACUCGGGCCAGUUCGAGAAUCACAAGGGAGCUGGCUGGGCUGCCGUGGUCUUUGUGUGGAUCUUCAUUAUCAACUUCGCAUAUGCAUGGGGCAAGUGCCGCCCCGUCGCGUGGAUUGUCGUGUCGGAAGUCUUCCCUUUGAGUAUGCGCGCCAAAGGCGUUAGUAUUGGUGGCAGCAGCAACUGGCUCAACAAUUUCGCCGUCGGCCUGUCAACUUCUCCCUUUAUUGAAGCCUCUGAUUACGGUACCUUUAUCUUCUUUGGCCUGGUAACCACUAUUGGUGUCCUGUAUGUGUGGUUCCUCGUCCCCGAGACCAAGGGCCGCACAUUGGAAGAGAUGGACGAGUUAUUCGGAUCCGGAAGCCUGGCCGUCGAGGACGAGGCGCUGAAACGUCGCAUCGAGAGGGAAAUCGGCUUACUGGCUUUGUUGGGCGAGGACUCCGACGCGAGCGAGAAGACAUCCGAGAAGCUCGAGCAUAUGGAUCAUCACGAGCGAGCUGAGCUGCCCAAGGCUGCGAGCUCGUAG